AAAAUAAUUGGUGGACCAGGUCAUCUCAAUUCUCAUCGCGCUUUCUUUCUUCCUUUCACGUUUCCCAUUUCUCUAGAUUUUAUCCUCCUCACACCCCAUUUCUUGACUAUCCCAAUUCAGUUCCUCAUUCUUUCGAUCUUUCUCUCUUCUUUCGUACAUCUCCAAUUCCCGUCAUGGCGGAUGCUAAUGUUAGCCCUCCUCCAUUUGGUAGUGGUGGAAGCGAACGAUGGAACCAUUUCCGUGGCUUCUGCAUUUGCUGCUCAUCAUCAAGUUGUACAGGAUAGAGACCACAAAUUCUUAACAGAAGCAGUUGGAGAAGCUUAUAAGGGAGUUGAAUGUGGAGAUGGAGGGCCAUUUGGCGCAGUUGUUGUUCGUAAUGAUGAAAUAGUUGUCAGCUGUCACAACAUGGUUUUGAAAAACACUGAUCCGACUGCCCAUGCAGAGGUUACUGCCAUAAGAGAGGCCUGUAAGAAGCUCAAUCAGAUAGAGCUCGCAGACUGCGAAAUAUAUGCAUCUUGUGAGCCAUGCCCAAUGUGCUUUGGUGCUAUCCAUCUUUCAAGACUAAAGAGGUUGGUUUAUGGAGCUAAAGCCGAAGCAGCGAUAGCAAUUGGGUUUGAUGAUUUCAUUGCGGAUGCACUAAGGGGCACUGCAUAUUAUCAAAAGGCUCACUUGGAGAUCAAGAAAGCUGAUGGUAACGGUGCUGUUAUUGCUGAACAAGUAUUUGAGAAAACAAAGGCGAAAUUUCCCAUGUAUUGAUUUUCAUGAUUCCCUUAAUGGUGAAAAUUCCACCAUAACUGAUUGAAGACUCAAUUCUGUUAUUACAAGACAUUUAAAAAAUUCAGGAAAAGAAAAUUUGGUGGUUUCCUCAAUAAUGACUUUUCAUUAUACAGUCAGCUGUUGCAUAUUGAGAAAUUGAAAUUUGGAGCUUGUUUUAUAAGAAAUUUUACA